ACAUGUACAACUGUUGGCUUGGCCGGCGGCUGAUCCCCCUGCGGUGCCGAGCUCACCCCAUGUGGGAGUACCGGGGACAGAACGACCGCACCCGGUCGACGGCGACCGAGUGGGACGAGGGCGAGUACCGGAAGGCGCUCGCUAAGAUCACCACUGCCACCUUUACUUCCUUCGAGGACGGCUUGCAGCCCUACACCGAAGACACCCCAGCGCCUCAGCGUUGGCGGAAGAUCGCGGACCACCUCCCUCCUCUCGCCGGAAAGGAACCACCGGAGAUGACCGAAGGCGAGGAGGAAGAGGUCGACGAGGAGGAGGAGCGCACCGAGUCGGACUCGGAGGCGCGGGACUUCAUCAGACUCCCGCGCGGGUCGAAGAGGGGUGUCGAGUCCUCGUCCCGGGCGCGGGCUGAAGAGGAGGCGACCUCCCGUCCGGAGGACAAGGCGGAGCCCUCCAAGGAAGGGGCCGAGCCGCUAUCGAAGCGACUGCGCCCCACUCUCUGGAAGGGUCCAUGA